AAAUUCAAUUUUAGUAUGUUCACUAAAAUUCUGCAUAUAAAGCCCCAUGAUAUUAUUUGAAUGUACAUAAAUAGUUUAAAUUUCAAAAUAAAAUAUUUCUUCUUAGGAGGCAUAGGUAGAAUUUUUCUUGCGUUUGGUUCAAGGAAAUAAAAACAUCAAAAUGCAUAAUUAUGAGGCUUUUUGACCGAUCGAGACGGUGAGGAUUAGUUUAAUGAAAUCACACUCCUCCUUGCUUCUGAAGCAAUUUUUUCACAGAACCCAAAAAGAAGAGUUGCAUAAAUGGCCAAAAUGCUUUUUAGUUUCUGCAGAUACAAAUUGGAAUCUUUAAAAGAAGAAAGUUGAAUAAAAUAAGAACUAAAUCAAGUCUUUUAACAACUUCAAGACAACUACACGGUUUUGUCUCGCGUCAAGUUUUCAAAAUCUUUUGCUCAUCUCAGAUCUUCAGCGCCGAAAAUGAAUCGUGACGGCGCCGGAGAAGGCGACUCUGUUUCACACGAACCUUCAACUUCCAAAACUCCCAGAGAGGGAGGAGAAGAAGAGACAAAGAAGGAUGAAAAGGCGAAGACAGUUCCCUUCUACAAGCUAUUUGCAUUUGCGGAUUCCUACGAUGUUCUCUUGAUGAUAUGUGGCUCAGUUGGAGCUAUGGGGAAUGGUGUUGGUUUGCCUCUCAUGACAUUGUUGUUUGGUGACCUCAUUGAUUCCUUUGGACAGAACCAGAACAACAAAGACAUCGUUGAUGUUAUCUCAAAGGUUUGUGUGAAAUUCGUCUACCUUGGAAUUGGAACACUAGGAGCAGCCUUUCUUCAGGUGGCUUGUUGGAUGAUAACGGGGGAGAGACAAGCGGCGAAGAUAAGAAAUAUGUAUCUGAAAACAAUUCUGAGACAAGACAUUGGAUUCUUCGAUGUGGAAACAAACACAGGGGAGGUUGUUGGUAGAAUGUCUGGUGAUACUGUUCUUAUCCAAGACGCCAUGGGUGAGAAGGUUGGGAAGUUUAUUCAGUUGAUAGCAACGUUCAUCGGUGGAUUUGCAUUAGCUUUUGCUAAAGGAUGGUUACUAACAUUGGUUAUGUUAACUUCAAUACCUCUCCUGGCAAUGGCUGGUGCAGCCAUGGCUAUUAUAGUCACUCGAGCUUCUUCUCAGGGACAAGCUGCUUAUGCCAAAGCAGCUACUGUUGUUGAACAGACUAUCGGAUCUAUCCGAACGGUUGCAUCAUUUACGGGAGAGAAAGAAGCGAUAAACAAGUACAAAAAGUUCAUAACAUCGGCGUACAAAUCAAGCAUACAACAAGGAUUCUCGACUGGGUUAGGACUGGGAAUAAUGUUGUUCGUGUUAUUCAGCAGCUAUGCUUUGGCUAUUUGGUUUGGUGGGAAGAUGAUUCUCGAAAAAGGCUAUACCGGUGGCGCUGUCAUCAACGUACUCAUCAUCGUCGUCGCCGGUGCCAUGUCGCUUGGACAAACAUCUCCAUGCGUAACCGCAUUUUCCGCGGGUCAAUCCGCAGCGUAUAAGAUGUUCGAGACGAUCGAAAGAAAGCCUCUGAUUGAUGCUUACGACUUAAAGGGGAAGAUUCUUGAAGACAUCAGAGGAGACAUAGAACUUAAAGACGUUCAUUUCAGCUAUCCAGCUAGGCCGGAUGAAGAUAUUUUCGACGGGUUCUCUCUGUUUAUCCCGAGCGGCGCAACAGCCGCGUUAGUAGGAGAGAGCGGAAGCGGAAAAUCAACCGUUAUCAGUUUGAUCGAGAGGUUUUACGAUCCGAAAGCCGGACAAGUACUAAUCGACGGUGUUAAUCUGAAAGAGUUUCAGCUGAAAUGGAUCAGAAGCAAAAUCGGGUUGGUCAGCCAAGAACCGGUUCUGUUUUCGUCGAGCAUCAUGGAGAACAUCGCCUACGGGAAAGAGAACGCGACGAUUCAAGAGAUCAAAGCGGCUACGGAGCUAGCAAACGCGGCCAAGUUUAUAGACAAGUUGCCUCAGGGGUUGGAUACGAUGGUGGGAGAGCACGGGACGCAGCUCUCUGGUGGGCAGAAACAGAGGAUAGCGAUCGCGAGAGCCAUUCUUAAAGAUCCGAGGAUACUCCUUCUCGAUGAAGCAACGAGCGCGCUCGACGCGGAAUCAGAAAGAGUGGUGCAAGAGGCUUUGGAUAGAGUGAUGGUUAACCGGACUACGGUUAUCGUCGCGCAUCGGUUAAGCACGGUUAGGAAUGCUGAUAUGAUUGCCGUUAUUCACCGCGGGAAAAUGGUGGAGAAAGGCUCGCAUUCCGAGCUGUUGAGAGAUCCCGAGGGAGCUUACUCGCAGCUCAUUCGUUUACAAGAGAUUAACAAGGACGCCAAAACAUCAGAUGCUGCUUCCGGAUCGUCUUUCCGGAACUCGAGUCUUAAAAAAUCAAUUGAAGGAUCAUCUUCUUCGGUUGGAAAUAGCAGCCGUCAUCAUUCUUUGAAUGUAGUAGCCUCAGGACUAGAACGUGGUGGUGGUAGCAGUAGAGCAGGCCUAGAGGAUAAAACAGGAACUGAGGCUCAAGAACCGGUCCCAAAAGUGUCGCUAACCCGAAUAGCUGCUCUGAAUAAACCGGAGAUACCGGUUCUCCUUCUAGGAACCGUAGCGGCAGCAAUCAACGGUGCUAUUUUCCCGCUUUUCGGGAUUUUGAUAUCAAGAGUCAUCGAAGCUUUCUUCAAACCGGCUCACGAGCUCAGGAGAGAUUCAAAGUUCUGGGCGUUAAUAUUUGUAGCUCUUGGAGUGGUUUCCUUCAUUGUCUCACCCACUCAGAUGUAUCUCUUUGCCGUUGCUGGAGGGAAACUGAUUCGACGAAUACGAUCCAUGUGUUUUGAGAAAGCGGUUCACAUGGAGGUCGGGUGGUUCGAUGAGCCACAGAACUCGAGUGGGACGUUGGGUGCUAGGCUUUCCGCUGAUGCAGCUUUGAUCAGGGCUCUGGUUGGGGAUGCGUUGUCUCUAGCGGUUCAAAACGCUGCGUCUGCUGCGUCUGGAUUGAUCAUAGCGUUCACUGCAUGUUGGGAAUUGGCGCUUAUAAUCUUAGUGAUGCUUCCUCUGAUUGGUAUCAAUGGUUAUAUUCAAGUCAAGUUCAUGAAAGGAUUCACCGCCGACGCUAAGUCAAAGUACGAGGAUGCGAGUCAGGUAGCGAACGAUGCGGUGGGGAGUAUUAGAACUGUUGCGUCUUUCUGUGCAGAGGAGAAGGUGAUGCAGAUGUAUAAGAAGCAAUGCGAAGGUCCGAUUAAAGACGGGAUAAAGCAAGGUUUCAUCAGUGGAUUAGGGUUUGGAUUCUCCUUCUUCAUUCUGUUUUGUGUCUACGCCGCAAGCUUCUACGCUGGUGCUAGACUUGUUGAAGCUGGCAGGACUACUUUCAACGAUGUCUUCCAGGUGUUCUUUGCAUUGACAAUGGCAGCGAUUGGAAUUUCUCAGUCGAGUUCUUUCGCACCGGAUUCUAGCAAAGCUAAGGUCGCAGCUGCGUCUAUCUUUGGGAUCAUUGAUAGAAAAUCGAAGAUAGAUUCGAGCGAUGAGACAGGGACAGUCUUGGAGAACGUUAAGGGAGAUAUUGAACUUCGACACAUAAGUUUCACUUAUCCAGCAAGACCAGACAUUCAAAUCUUCCGCGAUCUUUGCUUAACCAUUCGUGCAGGAAAGACGGUUGCUUUGGUCGGAGAGAGUGGGUCGGGGAAGUCGACGGUGAUCUCUCUGUUACAGAGAUUCUACGAUCCAGAUUCCGGUCAUAUAACUCUAGACGGAAUUGAGCUUAAGAAGAUGCAACUGAAAUGGUUGAGACAGCAAAUGGGACUAGUGGGACAAGAGCCUGUCUUGUUCAACGACACCAUCCGAGCCAACAUUGCUUAUGGCAAAGGAAGCGAAGAGGCCGCGACCGAGUCUGAGAUCAUAGCCGCUGCAGAACUAGCCAACGCACACAAAUUCAUCUCUAGCAUACAACAAGGUUAUGAAACGGUGGUUGGAGAGAGAGGGAUUCAGCUAUCAGGAGGACAGAAACAGCGCGUGGCUAUAGCACGGGCCAUUGUGAAAGAGCCGAAGAUAUUGCUUUUGGACGAAGCAACGAGCGCUCUUGAUGCAGAAUCAGAACGAGUGGUCCAGGACGCACUUGACCGAGUGAUGGUGAACCGAACCACGGUGAUUGUGGCUCACCGGUUAUCGACUAUUAAAAAUGCAGACGUGAUCGCCGUGGUGAAGAACGGGGUGAUCGCUGAGAAAGGAACUCACGAGACGUUGAUCAAAAUCGAUGGUGGGGUUUAUGCUUCGCUUGUGCAGCUUCACAUGACUGCUUCUAACUGA